AGUGCGCGUGCGCGGCGCUCCCGGAAGCGGCGGCGGCGGGGCAGGGACCCUGCGCUGCGGUGAGAGGGGCCGGGGCGGCGGGGGCUCUGCCCGCCGGGCGGCGACGGACAUGACGAACUUCAUCUCGGUGCAGCUCAAGAAGGCCUCGGAGGUGGACCUGGCCAAGCCGCUGUGCAAGUUCAUCCAGCAGAGCUACCCGGGCGCCGAGGCACAGGCCGAGCACUGCCGCGCCGCCGAGGAGCUCAGCCGGCUCCGCAAGAGCGCGCUCGGCCGCCCGCUCGACAAGCACGAGAGCGCGUUGGAGACCCUCCUCAGAUACUAUGAUCAACUGUGUUCAAUUGAGCCAAAGUUUCCAUUCUCUGAAAAUCAGGUCUGUGUAACAUUUACCUGGAAAGAUGCUUUUGAUAAAGGAUCACUUUUUGGAGGAUCUGCCAAACUGGCUCUGGCAAGUUUGGGAUAUGAGAAGACCUGCGUUUUGUUCAACUGUGGAGCACUGGCAAGCCAGAUUGCAGCAGAACAGAAUCUGGAUAACGAUGAAGGACUAAAAGCUGCAGCUAAGCACUAUCAGUUUGCGAGCGGUGCUUUUCAACACAUUAAAGACACAGUUUUGUCAGCCUUGAAUCGAGAACCUACAGUGGACAUCUCUCCAGACACAGUUGGGACUCUCAGUCUUAUUAUGUUGGCUCAAGCCCAAGAAGUCUUUUUUUUGAAAGCAACAAGAGAUAAAAUGAAAGAUGGUAUCAUAGCUAAACUAGCAAAUCAAGCUGCAGACUACUAUGGUGAUGCUUACAAACAGUGUCAGUAUAAAGAUACUUUGCCCAAGUAUUUUUAUUUCCAGGAGGUGUUUCCUGUUCUGGCUGCAAAGCACUGCAUUAUGCAGGCCAAUGCAGAGUAUCAUCAAUCUAUUCUGGCAAAGCAGCAGAAGAAAUUUGGUGAAGAAAUUGGGAGGUUACAGCAUGCAGCAGACUUGGUGAAAACAGUGGCAUCUCGCUAUGAUGAAUAUAUAAAUGUUAAAGAUCUGGUUGACAAGAUCAACCGUGCUCUUGCAGCUGCCAAAAAAGACAAUGACUUCAUUUACCAUGACCGGGUUCCUGACCUGAAAGAUUUGGAGUCCAUUGGAAAAGCUAGUCUUGUGAAGUCUACUCCAGUUGUUGUACCCCUCAGUCAGAAAUUCACUGACCUGUUUGAGAAGAUGGUUCCAUUGCAAGUGCAGCAAUCUGUGAGUGUUUAUAACCAGAGGAAGGCAGAUCUGGUAAACAGGUCAAUAGCCCAGAUGAGAGAAGCCACAAAUCUGGCAAAUGGUGUGUUGGCUUCCCUCAAUCUUCCUGCUGCUAUCGAAGAUGUGUCUGGUGAUACUGUUCCUCAGUCUAUUUUGAACAAGUCUAAGUCUGUGAUUGAACAGGGAGGAAUUCAGACUAUUGAUCAGCUGAUCAAAGAUCUGCCCGAACUGCUGCAAAGGAACAAAGAAAUUUUAGAUGAAUCUUUGAGAUUAUUGGAUGAAGAAGAAACUACAGACAAUGACCUGCGAACAAAAUUCAAGGAGCGCUGGCAGAGAACACCAUCCAAUGAACUCUAUAAAUCUUUAAGGGCAGAGGGAGCCAAUUACCACAAUAUUAUGAAUAGAGCUAUGCAAGCAGAUGGGCAGGUUAAAGAGCGCUAUCAGUCUCACCGGGAUACGAUUGCACUUCUGUGUAAGCCAGAGGCAGAACUCAACGCAGCCAUUCCUUCUGCCAACCCAGCAAAAACAUUACAAGGAAAUGAGGUUGUUAAUGUCUUAAGAACUUUGCUGGCCAAUCUGGAUGAAGUUAAGAAGGAGAGAGAACAGCUGGAAAAUGAUCUGAAAUCUGUAAAUUUUGACAUGACAAGCAAAUUCCUUACUGCACUUGCACAGGAUGGUGCUAUAAAUGAGGAGGCUAUCUCUGUGACUGAGUUGGACAGAAUCUAUGGGAGUUACACACAGAAAGUGCAAGAGUCUCUGAAAAAACAGGAAGAACUUCUCAAAAACAUUCAGAAUGCACACCAAGAUUUUUCAAAGAUGAAACAAUCAAACAACGAAUCUAAUUUAAGAGAAGAAGUUUUGAAGAACUUGGCUAUAGCAAAUGACAACUUUGUGGAACUUGUAGCCAAUUUAAAAGAAGGCACAAAGUUUUACAAUGAGCUGACAGAAAUCCUGCUGAAAUUCCAAAACAAGUGCAGUGACAUUGUCUUUGCUCGCAAGACUGAAAGAGAUGAACUGCUCAAAGAUUUGCAGCAAAGCAUUGCUAGGGAACCCAGUGCUCCCUCUAUUCCCCUGCCUACAUAUCAGACCACAUCAGCAGGAGGAAGUAAGCCAGCGGCAUCGACUCCUACUCCAGCACCAAGAACCAUGGUGGGAACUAAACCACAGCCACCAGCACGGCCACCACCACCAGUGAUUUCAGAGACAAGCAGUUCCUCUUCUGCAUCAGCGCCCCCUGGAGCACCUGCAGCUCCUGCUGCUGCUCCUGUUCCUACUCCAGGAGCCAGUGCACCUGCAGCAAGCACUGCACCUUCACAGGCACAGGGACCUCCUUACCCAACUUAUCCCGGUUACCCAGGGUACUGCCAGAUGCCAAUGCCAAUGGGCUAUAAUCCAUACAUGUAUGGGCAGUAUAAUCUGCCAUAUGCACCCUCACCUAUGUAUCAAAACCCUGGACAAGCACCAUAUCCGCCACCUCAACAACCUGGAUACCCUUUUGUUCAACAGCCUUAUUACCCUCAGCAAUAAUGUGUCUGCAAAGAAGCUCUGCUUGUUAAAAUUUGGGAGAAAUUGGCAAUAAGCAUACUAAAACUUCUAGCUUCAGUUAAUGUACCAUACUGAACUGUAUGCAGCUAUAACUCCUGUCUCUUGUUAACUGCUCCAAAAUGUCUAGAUCAGUUUUUGAUUACACUAAACUCUUUGAAAGAUCUACUGCAGUGGUUUAGACUGUAGACUAAUGCCAGAAUUAGAGCCUAAUUCAACAGUCUGAAACUGUACACUACAUGUUGGUUAGACCAAAAUAUUUGUUUGAAAAAUCCUGUAAGUAACAAUUAGGUUCAGAUGAGAAAAAUGAGGCAGUGUGUGCACUGGGUGUGAUAUAUUCUGCAGAACCAUAUAGCAUUUCCUUCUAUACUCUAUUGGUUUGUAUUUUUUUUUUAGUUUAGUUAAAAUAUGCUAUUUUGUCUAAUAAUCAAGGCCUUGUAAAUCAUCAGUAAAAAGAAAUAAAUUACUUGAGAAUGGUUUAAA